UGAUUUGAAGUUUAUUUAUGUUUUGAUUUUGGAAAAGUUGGUUUUGUAAUUGGGAUUCAACUUCCCAGAGAUUGUUUAGAGCAACAGAAAAAGGAAAAGCUUUAAAUUAUAGCGAAAAUAUAUCUUAUGUUCGCUAUAAUUUAUAAUUAUUCUUAUUACAUAUGCGAAAUCCCAAAUUAAACAGACUUCUGAUCUGAUUGAAAACUUAAUUGAAAGAUUUAUAAACCCGUAACUAAUAUCUUAAUAACCAAAUAAAAUUAAUUUAUUAAUAUAAUCAUGGGCAAGAGAUAUUACUGCGAUUAUUGUGACAAAAGCAUGGUAGCAGCACCGACUAUUAUAAGAACUCAUAUAAAAGGAGUGGUUCAUCAAAAACUGGUCAGUGCACAUUAUCAACAAUUUAAAGACCCGGAAACAAUAUUAAAAGAAGAGGGUAGUAAAAAACCAUGUUCAAGGUUUUUCAGCGGUGAUUGUCACUUUGGAGCUAUAUGCAGAUACUCGCAUUACACUCCAGAUCAAAUAAAUGCUAUGAGAAAUUAUGUUGCUGCCAAAUACAACAGUCUAAAUCACUUGUCUCAACCAUCAUUCGAAGACCUCUAUCAAAGGCUACAGAGUGAAAAAUCAAUCAAAACUGGCUUAGAUGAGCAAGACACUGUAAUAUAUGAUGAAUGCGGUGUAACCCAUGUUCUACCUUGGACGUAUAGCCCAGUUUUCGAUAACUACAAUUGUUUACCACCAAGUAUUAGAAGAUUGAAGAGUGGCGAUUUUGUGAAUGCGUGUUUUAUGCAGUGGGGUCUGAACUAAAUAAAAAUUGCAGUUUC